AUGCUGCUGCUCCUCUUCUUGUCUGCUCUGGCUCUGGGUUCUCUGCCUCCUUCACAUGGCCAACAACCACAGCUACAGACCGGCAACUGUGACACAUCCUGGUUUGACUACCACGGCCGCUGCUACAAAUACGUGGCCACACCAAUGACCUGGGCUGACGCUGAGCUCCACUGUGUGUCAGUGGGAACCAACCUGGUGUCUAUUCACAACCUGGGGGAGCAGAAAUUCAUCGAAACUCUGAUCAGAAACUUCGACCCUGCUGGAGGAUGGACCUGGAUCGGACUCAGUGACAUCCACAAGGAAGGGCACUGGAUGUGGUCGGAUGGAUCUGCAGCGAAGUUCUCCUACUGGUUAGGAGGGCAGCCUGAUAAUGCUGGAAGUAACGAACACUGUGUACACCAGCACAACGGAGAAGAACUAAAGUGGAAUGACUUGCCGUGCUCUAGACCGUUGGCUUUUGUUUGUGCAUCUCGUAACAUUUGCCCUUAA